UUUACCAGCAUGCGCUCUAAUAACCCCGGACAUAUUUCUCUCUUUGGCUUCCAGUGAAUGAAGAGGACUUAAAGCACCGGGUUUCGGCACAUUUCCUUUCUUUCUUUCUUUUCGUCUUUUUGUCUGUCGUUCCUGUCCUGUCCUCUCACCGAGUGCCACAAUGCCCGUCCGGCGUGGACACGUCGCUCUCCAAAACACCUAUCUGGACACCAUCAUCCGCAAAUUCGACGGUCAAAACCGCAAGUUCCUGAUUGCUAACGCCCAGAUGAAGAACUGCGGCAUCAUCUACUGCAACGAGGGCUUCUGCCAGAUGUUCGGCUUCUCGCGGGCUGAGAUCAUGCAGCAGCCGUGUACGUGUCAUUUCCUGGCAGGUCCGGGCACCAUGAAGAGCGCUCUGGCUCAGCUGGCCCAGGCUCUGCUCGGCUCUGAGGAGCGCAAGGUGGAGAUCCUCUACUACUCCAAAGAAGGGACGUGUCGGCCGUGUUUAAUAGACGUGAUUCCUGUGAAGAACGAGGAAGGUGUGGUCAUCAUGUUCAUCCUGAACUUUGAGGAGCUGCUUGAGCCAGCGUUAAAAAUGGGCUUCAGGCAGCGAGUCACUCAGGGCUGGAUACGCUCAGCUCAGAAACGUAGACUGAAGCUGAGAAUGCCGUCGUUACGAGUCACACGGCAACCUUCUUAUCCCAAAGACCAGUUUGAAGGAGUCGUGGUGGAGUAUCUGCAGCCGCCCGGUAUGGACGUGUCUCUGAAGGGUUUGCAUGUGCCGUGUAAAGAGAGCUCCCUGCAGUGUGAGACUCAGGCUCUGAUCCAUCAGGAACACUCUUUCACCUCGCCUUCCUCCAGCCUGGAGCCCAGCGGCGCCCAGGCUCCACACACACACACGCGCACACACUCCCGAGAGAGUGUACACAGCCUGCGGCGCGCUUCCUCACUGCACGACAUCGACGCCAUUAGGGACCAGUGCAGCGACGCCUUGAAGCCUAACAACGUUAACUCCACGUCGGAUUCGGAUCUGAUGCGGCAUCGUGCUGUCGGUCGGAUCCCUCAAGUCACCCUGUCGUUCGGGGCGGAGCGGGUCAGACCGCCGUCACCCACAGAGAUCGAAAUCAUUGCCCUGAGCAAGAUUAAAGACCGCACGCAGAACGUCUCCGAGAAGGUCACACAGGUCACGCAGGUGCUGUCUCUGGGAGCCGACGUGCUACCCGAGUACAAACUGCAGGCGCCACGUAUCCACAAGUGGACGAUCCUUCACUACAGCCCGUUCAAGGCCGUAUGGGACUGGCUGAUCCUGCUGCUCGUACUCUACACUGCCGUGUUCACGCCGUACAGCGCCGCAUUCCUGCUCAGCGAGCACCAGGACGAAGGUCGAACCGACUGUGGCUACACCUGCAACCCGCUCAACGUGGUGGACCUGGUGGUGGACGUCAUGUUCAUCAUCGACAUCAUCAUCAACUUCAGGACGACCUACGUGAACCGCAACGACGAGGUGGUGAGCCACCCGGGCCGUAUCGCGCAGCACUACUUCAAGGGCUGGUUCCUAAUAGACAUUGUCGCGGCUAUCCCUUUCGACCUGCUCAUCUUCAGAUCGGGCCCAGACGAGCCCCAAACCACCACUCUGAUUGGCCUGCUGAAGACAGCACGGCUGCUGCGUUUGGUGCGCGUGGCACGAAAGCUGGACCGGUACUCGGAAUAUGGCGCAGCCGUCCUCUUCCUGCUCAUGUGCACCUUCGCGCUCAUUGCUCACUGGCUUGCCUGCAUCUGGUACGCCAUCGGCAACGUGGAGCGCACGGGGUCCGCUCGCGGAGGUACCUUGAAGAUCGGCUGGCUCGACAACCUCGCCGAACAGAUCGGCAAACACUACAACGACAGCGACGCCUUAUCGGGACCCAGCAUCAAGGACAAGUACGUCACCGCGCUGUAUUUCACCUUCAGCAGCCUGACCAGCGUGGGCUUCGGCAACGUCUCGCCAAACACCAACCCAGAGAAGAUCUUCUCCAUCUGCGUCAUGCUCAUCGGCUCUCUGAUGUAUGCCAGUAUCUUCGGCAACGUGUCAGCUAUAAUCCAGCGUCUGUACUCGGGCACAGCUCGUUACCACACACAGAUGCUGAGAGUGAAGGAGUUCAUUCGCUUCCACCAGAUUCCCAGAGGCCUGAGGCAGAGGUUGGAGGAGUAUUUCCAACACGCCUGGUCCUACACCAACGGCAUCGACAUGAACGCUGUGCUGAAGGGUUUCCCCGAGUGUCUGCAGGCUGAUAUCUGUCUGCAUCUGAACCGCACGCUGCUGCAGAACUGCCAGGCGUUCCACGGGGCGAGUAAGGGCUGUUUACGAGCUCUGGCCAUGCGUUUUAAAACUACCCACGCUCCCCCGGGUGACACGCUGGUGCACAGCGGAGACGUUCUCACUGCUCUCUACUUCAUCUCCCGCGGCUCCAUCGAGAUUCUCCGAGACGACGUGGUGGUUGCCAUCCUGGGUAAGAACGACAUCUUCGGCGAGCCCAUCAGUCUCUACGCCAGGCCUGGGAAAUCCAGCGCCGAUGUCCGGGCUCUGACCUACUGCGACCUGCACAAGAUCCUGAGGGACGAUCUGCUCGAGGUGCUCGACAUGUAUCCCGAUUUUUCCAACUGCUUCUGGACCAACGUGGAGAUCACCUUCAACCUCAGACAUGCAGACCGAAUUGUAGAGCCAGACCCUGGUGAGGAGUCAGACUGCGGUCACAGACGAGCACAGCACAGGAGACACUCCAUCCAUCGCAACAGACCGGAUGGCACGGAUAGAGAAGAGUCUUAUCCAGACCAGACAUGCGGCUCCAUGGGGAACCACAAGGGGGAGCUGUUGCACUCACACUGGGACGAGCUGUGCAGCAGCAUGAGUGCCACCUCAUUGUCCAGUGAGGAUGAGAUCAAACACUCACGGCCAACACCGGGAGACGUUGAUCCUCCGGAAGUGAGGGAAUAUCUCUCCACUGUGGUCAACCUCCUGCCCCCCAACCCUGGACAACGGGGAGCUCAUCCCUAUUCAGAUGUACCAGACUCUCUGAACGUCUCAGGGUUGUAUGGCUGCUGGUCCGAGCGCAGGCAGAGUCAGAACGCAGAGAGGCCGAGACACUUGUCCACAUCAGCACACACCUGCUAUCAUCAUCGCCAGCGUGGCGCAAAUGCAGACGAGAGACCGAGCGAUCUUCAGUCCCGCCUUGAACUGCUGCAGUCCCAGCUGAACCGACUGGAGACGCGGAUGACAGCCGACAUUAACGUGAUCCUGCAGCUGCUCCAGCGACAGAUGGCUCAAGUUCCACCUGCUUACAGCUCCGUGUCUCCAGCUCCAGCGCUCCAUCACCCCGCUCCUACAUCCGACCUGUACGGGGCUCCGAUUUUCCACCCUGCGACACCUACCACCCCUACUGAACACGUCAGGGAGCCAAAACACUCCUCCACUGACACCAGUCCACAGUCAGACAGCUGUAACCCAGAGUCUCACGCGUCCCUGUCCAGCGGCAUCCACCUCUCCGCAGCCACAGACGACACCAUGUCCAUGUCCCCGGAGACUGACACAGAGCCGUGUGUCCCUAAGAAUCUCAACAUCCCUGAAAACCUGCAGCCUCACCUCAGCCUGCGUUCGCCUUCUCUCCCUGAGCACCUGGAGAGCCCGAGCAGCCCAGGUGACACGUCACACGUUCCAAGGCACCUUUCCGACCCCGGGCUCCCGGGCAGCUAGAGUCCUGAACGUCCUGCACCGUCUCCUUAUCUCCACUGCUGGGCCACACGUGCGUCCAACAUUAACUCUACUUCAGGAUGGACCUGACAAGACAGAUCCGCAGUCCUCCUCCUCCUCCUCCUCCUUCUGCUUCUCCUCCUCCUUCUCUUCUUCCACUUUUUCUUUACUUCUCAGAUCUUCAGGAGACUGUGCGCUUCAAACGACCCGUAAGCCGCUACACACGGACACAACGUUCAUCCGCGUCAGAGCGGAGACGACCCAGAGACAAACACGCUCGCUCGGAUAACAAAAUACAAAGCAGUCGUGUGUCUCCCUGAGCGUACGCACAACAAAGCACAGAUCAAACGGUGCACAGGUUCGACUCCGCCGCGAGGACGAAGAGGCGAAGGUUUAACCUCCGAAUUAACCCGAGCGACCGCUUACGAAGGCUGAUUCUGAUCGUUUUACCGUUUUAACGAAUCAAAUACGACUUAAAGGUCAGCGGCUAGAAAGAGACGGCGUGUCCCGACGGCGGGUUUAUUCAACGCUAAUCACAAAAUCAUCUGCCGAACGUUCCGCCUGUCCGUUUAUUUUACGACGGAUUUAUUGCGAAAAUUUAAAAUUAACCUAGAUUAUUAAGCGUUUCACAUGGAAACAGGAAGUUGUAUGUAAAAUUCAUUCCAUCGUCCUUCCAGGAUUUCAGAUAUUCUUUUACCAAAUGAUCUUAUACAGUAUGUCCCCAUAUGUUCAGGUUUCACUAUCGGCUUCUCAAAACAACAAACUAAAAGCUCAGCGUCCCAGAAUGCAAUGCGGUUAUGUGACGGAGGUUUAGCAUGAAAAUCUGAACACGAUUCUGUUUGAGCAGAGGAGCUGAGAAUAAAGAAUAAAGCACUAAAGCACCGCUGCGUCGCUCAAUUCAGCUAAAACAUGAUUUACAGAGGGUAUAGAAGCUAAUCAUCGGCUUAAUGGCACAUCAAUCGUGUCCAGGGGGAAGUCGUGGCCUAAUGGUUAGAGAGUCUGACUCCUAAUCUUAAGGUUGUGGGUUCGAGUCUCGGUCCGGUAAUACCACGACUGAGGUGCCCCCCCAACUGCUCCACGGGCGCCGCAGCAUAAAUGGCUGCCCACUGCUCCGAGUGUGUGUUCACAGUGUGUGUGUGUGUGUGUGUUCAGUGCUGUGUGUGUGCACUUUGGAUGGGUUAAAUGCAGAGAACGAAUUCUGAGUACGGGCCACCGUACUUAGCCGUAUGUCACGUCACGUCAGCUCUAUGUCACGUCACUUCAUUUCAGGAUCAUUUUGAAGGCGUGAUUCUUUUCUGUAGGUAGAGAAUAAACCCGAGUACAAUUUACACGCUAACCGAACGGCAUCUUGGGUAACAUAAUGAAAGCGAGACUAGACCAACGUUCUCUUCAAUCCUGACCUCACGGACGUCAUUAUAACGUGGACGGAGAUGAUUUUUGAGUACUUCUCCAAGCACAAAAAGUGAGAGCGGUCGACGCGAGUCGGACUUAAAGCACACUCUUAUUACUUAGCAGCUCAGAUUUCAUAUCUUCCAGCUAGUUUAGAAGGUCGAGAAGAUCCGAUUGCACAAAUACGAUAGCACAUGGAUUUUAUCUGUAUUUUACUGAUGUGUUCGGACGCCUGACGUUACCUCCGAGCUCCAAUUCUUUUCUUUUCUUUAGCUUACUCUUGGAGAUUGUUUUGAGUUCUUCUUGAGGCUGGGGUUUGCUAAGCUUUCCCUUUCUCUCUCUUUCUCUCUCUCACUGGAUUUGAACUCGGAUGAGUCACUGAUCAGUUAUCACAACUUUCAUGUCCAGAUCUUAGAGAUCGUCCCUGAGAGCAAAAUAUCUCGGGCAUUUUUGAACUGUGUGCAUCUCAAGGAUCAGUUACCGAACCUCAGAAAUGUAUUUUUAGUGUAUAAACGUUUCAGUCGUCUUCUGAUUAUAUUCUAGAGAAUGAAGCAUUCAGGGUUAAAAGACCCGACACAUCAGGCACCACUGACACAGAACUGACACAGAUCUGAUACAGAACUGACUCAGAACUGAUUCAGAAAUGACACAGAUCUGACCGAGGACUUGAUUCAGAACUGAUUCAGACUGAUACAGAACUGACACAGAACUGACACAGAACUGAUUCAGACUGAUACAGAACUGAUUCAGACUGAUACAGAACUGACACAGAGGACGGAGAACCGAUAAAAUCGAUAGAGACUAUGGCUUAGUUAUAAAAAUGAAAGGUGUGUGUGUGUGUGUCAGGUAACAUGUCACAGUGUAUUUGAAGUGUGUGUGUCAUGUAACAUGUCACAGAAUAUUUGAAGUGUGUGUGUGUCAGGUAACACAUCACAGUGAUUUUGGUGUGUUUGUGUGUGUGUGUGUGUGAGAGAGAGAGAGAGAGAGAGAGAGAGAGAGAGACAUGAAGGAUGUGAAUGUACAUCAGAUUCUUUGCCUGACUGUUAAAGGUUUACCAAAAAGCACAAUUUUUUUUUUUUUUUAGAUUAAAG